UGUCCAGUCACCAGCAAGUGGAAACAAAAUGACUAUGUUACCAGGAUCAACUGGCAAAAUAGUGUGGUCAUUUGAUGAUGAUUUAUCUGUUGUGUUUUCACGAUCUUGGGCUUUCACAAGUACAGACGGUUCCUUCAGUAACACUGUACUUACACGUAUAGCUGCUGAUGGUGCCGCUACAAUAUUCUUCAGCUUUCCUGUGAUUACAGUAGAAAAACCAGCAACAUUGGUUUUAAAGAACGUUAAUCGCAGCUAUGAUGGAAAAUACAAGUUCACACUCCAAGCACGUUCCGAUACUUCUUCUGAAGUUACCGUCUUCAUCGCAGAGAAACCAAAUGUGAUAUUAAGCUGUCCAAGUCUCGUCACACUAGAUGAAGGUGACAACUUCACCUGUCACUGUAAUAGUACAGGUGGAAACCCUCCUGCGAAGGUCAUCUGGUAUAAAGAUGGCAACUAUACAGGUUUUAAAAAAGAUAAUCAAACCUUGAAAAUCUCAAAUAUUAGUCGAGCAGAAAGUGGAACCUACACGUGUAAUGCCACAAGCUACCCUCAUGAAAAUUAUACAGAUGAAAAAUCAUUUGUUGUAAUAGUUAAUUUUAAACCUACGAAAACAGUAAUAAAAUUCUCACAAAACCCAGCUGUAAUUGAUGAAUCAGUAACUAUAACGUGUACGUCUGAAGGGUCUCCUCAACCAAGUUAUACCAUAUACCAUAAUGGUACCAAAGUCAGUAGUACUUGCUAUCCGUAUAGCAUACCUAAAUUGAAGUGGAAGGAUGCUGGAAGAUAUAAUUGCAUUGCAAGUAAUUUAUUGGGGAACGAUUCCGAUUCUGAUUUUUUUUACAUUGAAGAACCAAAACCCACAAUGCAGUCAAUAGGGAGCACAGCAAGUAUGAAGACGAAUCCUUUGUUCAGUUCCAUCCCCAUAUGUACGACAACCUGUACGAAUACCUGUGCGCCUACCACUACAACUACCCAAGUGCCUCUGACAGGUGAUGGAACAGAAAAAAAGCAAAAUUGUAGUGGGAAUAAUGGAACUGACUGGUAUAUCGUUGCUGUUACUUUGGUGUCUGGGAUCAUCUUCGGUAUCAUCCUUUCUUACAUUGUCUUUCGUGUCCGUUCUAAAAAUAGAAAUCGUCAACUAUCAAACCCUGAACCGGUACCUCCAACAUCUCGUGUUGAUCAAACUUACCAAGAACUGGAUCUUGCAAAAUUAAACAAAGAAGACAAUUACCAAUCGUUGAGAGGAAAUGCUGCAAGAAAUUAUGGUGUUAACGACGAGUCAAAUUACACUGAGUUGAACAAAAGCAGAGAAGUGGAAAAUAAUUAUCAAUCUUUAACUCGAAAUUAAAAUCAGGAUUGUUGACCCGUCCGUGUUCUUUUUAAGGACCAUAUGAAAUAUUUUUGCCUACAUAACUUGAGAAUCAAUAUUGUCGCAAAUCUCUUAAAAUUUGGGAUGUUAUUCACUUGAUAUAACCUUUCCGUAAUCAAGUAUCUGCCUAUGGGUGUACAGCAUUUGCCCAUUAUUAAGGGAAAAACAAUACUGAAUUACGCUUAUUGUAUACUUAAUAGUCCGCUUCUAAUUUCAAUAACAGCACUAAAAUUUCAAUUUGGCGUAGUGGAAGUUCAAUAAAGCUGGAUAAGCGCUAUC